AUGGGUGAGAGCUUUAGAAAAAGAAGAAAAGUUUCAAGAAAAAUUUCAAGCAAAGCAUGGAAGGCUGAAACUGAAGCAAAGUACUCAUCAUCAUCGUCAUAUUCAUGGUCAGAUCUCCCUGCUGAACUCUUAGGACUCAUCCUAAGAAAGGUUCCCUUUGUUGACACUAUUCGCUGCAAAGCUGUCUGUUCUUCUUGGAGAUCCGCAGCUACACAAUCACAAGCACAGUCUCAUUCCAUUCAAAGUACUCCAUGGCUCAUGCUUCCUAGUGACCAAGAAGGUGACUUUACAACAAGCUGCUUCUUUAAUCUUGCAGAAAAGAAGGUUUACAAGAUGAAGGAUGUGUUUGCGGCUUUUGGUGAUGAUGUUUGGUGCGUGGGUUCUUGUCACGGCUGGCUGGUAAUGUUGGAUGAUGAAGCCAGCCCAGUUAUCUUUAAUCCCUUCUCCAGAGUUCACAUCCAACUGCCAUUGAUUCCUGUUGAAUUCUUCAACCCAAUUGAUAGGUCCAAAUUUGCCCAAAUUAAGAAGGAUUUUAUCAGCAAAGCUAUCUUGUUUGCAGACCCAUCACAUUCCAACAACUUUGGGUUGGUGGUGAUGAUCUAUGGCACUCUCUCAAGCCUUGCAUUCUGUAAGCAAGGAGACACAACAUGGACCAACUUUGAGGGUGAAAAUCGAGGCUACUAUGACAUUAUAUGCCAUGAUAAUCGGCUUUACGCAUUAAGAUACAACUGUUCAGUGGAAGUGUGGGAGUUUCAGAGUGCUCUUCCAACGAAAAUCUUGAGCAUUGAACCUACAACAACACUGCAACAUGUUGAUGGUAAUCUUCCCAGAGACAAAGUUUCAACUCAGUUGUAUUUGGUGAAGACAUCAAGUGACUUCUUGAUCAUCCAACGCACCAUUGGAAAUUUUGUAAAUGCAGAAGGAGAUGUUGUUGAUGAAUCUUACUUACUCAGUUCCAGUGACACACAGCCUUUGGUUUGUCCAUACCGUACAAAGCUGUUUUGUGUCUACAAGUUAGAUUUGAGCAAGAAACUGUUGGUAAAGGUGGAGUCUUUGAAGGAUCAAGUUGUGUUUUUGGGCGGAAAUCAGUCGAUGUCAUUGUCUAGUCAUGAUUUUUCAGAGUGCGUAUCAAAUUCAAUUUAUUUCACGGAUGAUCGAUGGUCUGAGAUGGACGUGGACUACUUGUAUGGUGGCCAUGAUUUUGGAUUGUUCAAUUUAGAUGAUGAAGAGAUUAGGCCAAUUUACCAUUCUGAUUUGGAGAAGUUUGAUCCGCCACCUUUUUGGAUUACUCCUAAUCCAUGGUGA